CGGCUCCGCCAGCGCUUUCAGAAGGAGGGACUGGGCUCAGUGCGCGGAGCGGCGCCGCCUCGGUGGCCAGCUUCUCCGUCCCCUCCGCCGCUUCCCGCGCUCUCUGCCUGCCCCUCAGCUCUGAGGCGAGCGCCUUCUGGUCCCUCCAAGGCGGAGGAGGAUGGAGCCGGGCUUUCCGGAGGGAUGAAAGCCCCUUCUCCCUUCCAAGAGCCCCUCUCUCGGUGAGACCCCGGGACGCGCGCCUGGAGCAGAAGAAGAGAGGCAGCAGCAAACGCAAAGGGCUUUUUCCCGCUUCUCCUUCGCUUCUGGAAGCCUACAACCUCCAUCUUCUUAAUCGGUCCUCCAGGUUAUCAAGAAAAUGAGCAACAUCUAUGAAUCAGCGGCAAACACCCUGGGAAUCUUUAGCAGCCCAUGCCUGACCAAGGUGGAACUGAGAGUUGCAUGCAAAGGCAUAUCGGACAGAGAUGCCCUCUCCAAGCCUGAUCCUUGUGUCAUCCUGAAAAUGCAGUCUCAUGGGCAGUGGUUUGAGGUUGACAGGACAGAAGUGAUUCGGACCUGCAUAAAUCCUAUCUUCUCCAAGCUUUUCACAGUGGACUUUUAUUUUGAAGAAGUCCAGCGGCUACGGUUCGAAUGCCACGAUAUCAGCAGCAAUCACAACGGGCUGAAAGAUGCAGAUUUUUUGGGUGGCAUGGAAUGCACUCUUGGGCAGAUUGUUUCACAGAGAAAACUCUCAAAAUCAUUAUUGAAACAUGGGAACACAGCGGGGAAAUCAUCCAUAACGGUGAUUGCUGAGGAGUUAUCUGGCAACGAUGACUAUGUUGAACUUUCCUUCAGUGCACGGAAAUUAGAUGACAAGGAUUUCUUCAGCAAAUCUGACCCAUUUCUGGAAAUUUUCCGGAUGAAUGACGAUGCCACCCAACAGCUUGUUCACAGGACUGAGGUGGUGAUGAACAACUUAAACCCAGCCUGGAAGUCAUUUAAGGUGUCUGUAAAUUCACUCUGCAGUGGAGACCAGGAUCGCAGACUAAAGUGCAUAGUUUGGGACUGGGAUUCAAAUGGAAAGCAUGACUUCAUUGGAGAGUUUAGUUCAACAUUCAAGGAAAUGCGAGGAGCAAUGGAAGGAAGACAGGUACAGUGGGAGUGCAUAAACCCCAAGUACAAAGUAAAGAAGAAGAAUUACAAGAAUUCUGGCAUCGUCAUUCUUAAUCUGUGUAAGAUUCACAAGAUGCAUUCAUUCUUGGACUACAUCAUGGGUGGUUGCCAAAUACAGUUCACAGUAGCUAUAGAUUUUACAGCCUCAAAUGGUGAUCCCCGGAACAGCUGUUCACUCCACUACAUCCACCCUUAUCAGCCAAAUGAAUACUUGAAGGCUCUGGUAGCUGUUGGCGAGAUUUGCCAAGAUUAUGACAGUGAUAAAAUGUUCCCGGUCUAUGGUUUUGGAGCCAGGAUACCUCCGGAUUAUAAAGUAGGUGUACAGGUCUCACAUGAUUUUGCAAUCAACUUUAAUGAAGACAACCCGGAAUGUGCAGGGAUCCAAGGAGUGGUUGAAGCCUAUCAGAAUUGUCUCCCCAAACUUCAACUUUAUGGGCCUACAAACAUUGCACCCAUCAUUCAGAAGGUGGCUAAAUCGGCAUCAGAAGAAAUAAACACCAAGGAAGCAUCGCAAUAUUUCAUCUUGCUGAUUCUGACGGACGGUGUCAUCACAGACAUGGCUGAUACCCGUGAAGCCAUUGUUCAUGCCUCCCACCUUCCCAUGUCGGUCAUCAUCGUCGGAGUCGGAAAUGCCGAUUUCAGUGACAUGCAGAUGCUAGAUGGAGAUGAUGGCAUCCUGAGGUCUCCCAAGGGGGAGCCUGUGCUUCGCGACAUUGUUCAGUUUGUGCCAUUCCGAAACUUCAAACAUGCAUCUCCAGCUGCGUUAGCAAAAAGUGUUUUGGCUGAAGUUCCAAACCAAGUGGUGGACUAUUACAAUGGGAAAGCGAUUAAACCAAAAUGUAUGUCAGAGUAUGAGUCUUCCAGGACACUAGCUCCUUGAACUUCCUUGGACCCUUUUAAAGAGUUCAGAAAUGCUAUUACUUACAACUCCUGUACUUAAAUGAAAAUAGCACGUUUCGGUGAUUUUUAACUCCAAUAAUUUUUUGCAUGUGUAGCCUAAAGGCUUGCGGGUAAAGAUUAAGCAAUUGUACUGUUGAAGACUUUUUAUGAGAAAAACAAAAUUAUAACUCUUGACAUUACAGCAUGUCGCCUUGAAAUGAAAAGUUAUCUGUAUCUGUUUUUUAUACAGGUUUGUUGAAAUUUUGCUAAAUUUCUUAUAAUCUUUACACUGUAAAGCAUUUUGAAACAUUUAUUGGAAGUUGAUAGUGAAAACGUAUUUGGGUUUAUCUGCUAUGAAAUGAAAAGAUUUUUUCAAAAUGGCAGAUGCAUGGAUUGUAUUUUGCAUGUUCCAAAAUAAAAACAACAGUUUUGCA